CACCCAUUGACUGCCAUUUUGAAUGAAGUGGCAAUACAAAUCCCGGCCCGAUAUAUUUUUCGGCCAGCUUCCGCACAGCUGAAUGAAUUAACCGGCACAGCUUGUCAACGGAGGGAAGAAGAUUUGAUUGAGCUGCUUACAAUUGGAAUAAAACACCUUAAUUGAGAGAGUGAAAGCAGAGAUAGUCAUACUUAUUCGCAUAGUUGUCAGACAGAAGACACCAAAAUGCCUCGUGGGGUUGCAGUGCGUGUGACUACUAUGGAUGCAGAGCUGGAGUUUGCCAUCCAGCCCAACACAACAGGCAAACAGCUCUUCGAUCAAGUUGUGAAAACAAUAGGUCUGAGGGAGAUCUGGUUCUUUGGUUUGCAGUACAUUGAUUCAAAAGGACUUGUAACAUGGCUAAAACUCAACAAAAAGGUGGUUGCACAAGACCUGAGGAAAGACAACCCCCUUCAGUUCAAAUUCAGAGUCAAAUUCUACCCAGAAGAAGUAACAGAGGAGCUCAUUCAAGAGAUUACACAGCGGUUGUUCUUCCUGCAAAUCAAAGAAGGUAUCUUGAGUGAUGAGGUCUACUGCCCACCAGAAACCUCUGUGUUGCUUGCAUCAUACGCAGCACAGGCUAAAUAUGGACCUCAUAGCGCUUCAACAAAGGCUAAGCUUACAGAGGACACUAACAUCCUACCUAAAAGAGUGAUAGAACAGCACAAGAUGACGAAGGAGCAGUGGUACGAACGUGUCUCAAAUUGGCACCAAGAGCAUCUGUCAUUAUCAAAGGAGGAUGCUAUUACCGAGUAUAUGAAGAUUGCACAGGAUCUUGAGAUGUAUGGUGUCAAUUACUUUGAAAUCAGAAACAAGAAAGGUACUGAUCUUUGGCUAGGAGUCGAUGCGCUCGGAUUGAACGUUUACGAGAAGGACGACAAAUUGACACCAAAGAUUGGCUUCCCAUGGAGUGAAAUCAGAAACAUCUCAUUCAAUGACAAGAAGUUUGUUAUCAAGCCAAUCGAGAAGAAAGCUCCGGACUUUGUUUUCUACGCUUCUCGGUUGCGAAUCAACAAGAGAAUCCUUGCCUUGUGUAUGGGCAACCAUGAACUUUACAUGCGCAGACGUAAGCCCGAUACCAUAGAGGUGCAACAGAUGAAGGCACAAGCAAAGGAAGAGAAGCAAGCCAAAAAAUUGGAAAGAGAGCAGCUAGCUAUUGAGAUGAAGAAGAGACAGGAAACUGAGGAGAAAUACAAACGAUUACAACAACAAAUACGUGAGAAAGAAUUAGCUGAGGAGAAGAACAGAGAAGAUUUGAAACGUUGGGAAGAGGAAUCAAGAGCAAUGCAAGAGAAAUUGAAGCAGCAGCAGAUGGAAUCAGAAGAAUAUCAAAGCAAGGUGGCUGCAAUGGAAAUGCAAAUGAAUGAGGCAACCCUUGAAAGGGAGAUGACCGCUCAAGAGAAGGAAGAAAUGAGAGCAAGAGUAGAGGCAUUAGCAGAAGAGAAAGCACGCUUGGAACAAAGUCGAGAAGAGUCGUUAAAAGAAUCGGCUGAAUUUGCAGAGAAGUUGAGGUUGUCACAGGAGAGGGAAAGGGAGCUCCAAGAAGCACAGGAGGCAGCCGCUGCUCAGCAUGCUGCUCAACUAGCUGCUCAACGAGAGGCUCAACAAUUAAUUCCUAAAGACGAAGGUGAAGAAGAUGAACAAGAUCACGAAUUGGAAGUACAGCAGGAUGACAACGAUGAUUUAGAUGAUAAAGAAUCCUAUCUUCCAGAUAAGCAUCUCCUAGACAAAUUACAGAAACUUCAGUCGGAGUUGCAGGCCAUGAAGGAUGAAAGCAAGGGUGAAGAUAGGUAUGACAAGAUACAUCAGGAGAACAUCAGAGCAGGUCGUGACAAAUAUCAGACGUUGAGAAACAUCCGAAGCGGGAACACCCGGCAACGUAUCGACACUUUUGAGAAUAUAUAAGUAAUCACACAUCUAUGAAAGAGAACUCAGGAUGUAUCAGCAGCAUUGGCAUGGAUGUAGCGUUGGUCCUGUAACACAAAUCAUACUGAUCAAUCACAAUCCCGAUAUUUACAAGUGAUUGCAUUGAACAUUGUUCGUAAAACAAACGCAAAUAUCAACUUUACUAGCAACCAGUAAAUUUUAUGUUUGUACAGUGCCCUGAUAAAUACAUUAAUUUUGGAGGGGGGACACUUGUCGUUAGUAAAGUUACGUAUGACCUUCAGACGAGUGGGAUAUAAAGUGCUAAAACUUGAACCAAAUUUAUUUUUUUUUUUUAUGUUUGAAGGAAACUAAUCUAUACUACCAAGCCUUUUAAGAUCAUGGCAUAUACCACCAUGAUUAUCUCAAGUCAACACACACUCCAAAAAUAUCCUAUGGUUAUUGUUUAAAAACCCAGCAAAGCAUCAGCACAUUAAAUCAAAAUUAGUCUAUUAUUAUAUCUAUGGCUGUGACAUUUUUGUUGAGCAGUGGCUUCAAAAUGUCAUAGGAUAUUUGCAUUAUAUGACUCCCUUUCAGUGAGAACGACUGGGCCUCUGAUCUAUACAGUCAAAAUGCUAGCUUUUGAUU